AUGAGCAAAAAUGAUAAUAUUGAUAAGCAAUUUUGUCUUUCUAUCUCUCUCUUUCUCACUCUCUCUCUCUAUCAAGCUAACUUAUCUAUCUAUCUAUCUAUCUAUCUAUCUAUCUAUCUAUCUAUCUAUCUAUCUAUGUCUAAUCUCAGUCUAUCUAUUUAUUUAUGUCUAAUAUCUAUCUAUCUAUCUAUCUAUCUAUCUAUCUAUCUAUCUAUCUAUUCUAUCUAUCUAUCUAUCUAUCUAUCUAUCUAUCUAUCUAUGUCUAAUCUCAGUCUAUCUAUGUCUAAUCUCAGUCUAUAUAUUUAUCUAUGUCUAAUCUCAUUCUAUCUAUCUAUCUAUCUAUAUCUAAUCUCAGUCUAUUUAUUUAUGUCUAAUCUCAAUCUAUCUAUCUAUCUAUCUAUCUAUCUAUCUAUUCUAUCUAUCUAUCUAUCUAUCUAUCUAUCUAUCUAUCUAUCUAUCUAUCUAUCUAUGUCUAAUCUCAGUCUAUCUAUGUCUAAUCUCAGUCUAUAUAUUUAUCUAUGUCUAAUCUCAUUCUAUCUAUCUAUCUAUCUAUCUAUAUCUAAUCUCAUUUAUCUAUCUAUCUCUAAUCUCAGUCUACCUAUGUCUAAUCUCAGUCUAUCUAUCUAUCUAUCUAUCUAUCUAUCUAUCUAUCUAUCUAUCUAUUCUAUAUAUUUAUCUAUGUCUAAUCUCAUUCUAUCUAUCUAUCUAUCUAUCUAUCUAUAUCUAAUCUCAGUCUAUUUAUUUAUGUCUAAUCUCAAUCUAUCUAUCUAUCUAUCUAUUCUAUCUAUCUAUCUAUCUAUCUAUCUAUCUAUCUAUCUAUCUAUCUAUCUAUCUAUCUAUCUAUCUUUUAAUGCAUAA